UUCUUCAUGUCGAAUGCGAAUCAGUAAAGUUGAACUUUUGAAAGAAGUUUUUAAUAAAUAUUAUUUGGUUAAUUGUUGUUAUGUCGUGUGCAGUUCCCAGUUGUGCUGGGUUGGAGAAACAUCUCGUCCCUUUUCCAGUGAGCACAAACCUUCAGACACGGUGGGAGCAAGCAAUUAGAGCGGGGACCGGAUUGGAUUUUUCCAUGCGUCAUGGAGAAUCAGUUUGCUCGUGGCACUUUAGUCAUCAACCGGCAAUUAAUGAAUAUUGGGAACCGUUUCGGUUCCUACAUCGAAAUGGUAAAACAGUGCACGUUUCUAGUUGCCGGUUGUGCUUACGAUUCGACGACCAAACGCGAAUGAUAUCGAAAGAAGUGAUUCUAGGUGAGCCGGAGCAUUCGACGGUUAUCAAAAAUGUCCUAAAGAUUCGAUUAACUAAGUCGGAUCUCCUAUCUGACAUAUGUGGCGACUGUGUCAAAAGAAUUGAUCUUUUGGUUGACUGGAUUAGAGAUGCCGAAAAAAUAGAAGCUGACUAUCGUCAUUUUGAGUCUGCCGCCAAUUAUUCUAUUGAUAUGACAUUGCGCGAUACAUACCCAUCGAGCAACUCCGCAGGUUUCAAAUUAAUAGACAUGCAGGUAGAACCUAUUGAAAUUAAAGAAGAACUCGUAGAAUCUCUUUUGGAAAAUGCUGACGAAUUAGUGGUUAAACGAAUUGAUCAAACUGUUUCAGAUCUAAAAGUUGACAAAAAAUCUCAAACUAAAGUCAAAGCUCUCGAGAAAACAGUCAAGUACCCACCAAACGUUGCAUCGAAACGAGGUCGCAAACCCAGGCAAAAUUUAGGAGAGAAAAAAGAAAUAAUUAAUUACAGAGACAUCCUCAGUCGAAAAUGCUACAUCUGUAAUCAAGUUCUCGAAGAUCUUGAAGAAUUGGUUGCACAUCUGACAAAAAUUCAUUCGUUUGGUAAAAAUCACAAAUGUUCAGUGUGCAACAAAUCAUUCAAACUGAUCACCUCUCUGAAUCGACAUCUCAGUUUACACGAUGAAACCAACAGGCCGCUGAAAUGCAGCUUCUGUCCGGUUGGUUACAAAUUCAAGUACAGCCUACUGGUACAUGAAAAUCGAGUCCACAAUGCUGGUCAUCGUAUCCGGAAGAAGAAGAAAAGCACCGUGAUUAAAUUUCAAUGUUCGACAUGCGGUGAAACGUUCCGAACUAAUUAUGAAUUUCUCAAUCACGAUAGAAUCAGGCAUCAAUUGCUACCAGGGACAACCUGUAAGCUCUGUGGUAAGAACUUUCACAGCCGAUCUUCACUUCGAAAGCAUCAGAUUGUACACCUGCAGGAUAAGCCAUACGAUUGCCCACACUGCGAUGUGGCAUUCAAAAACACUACAAACCUCAUGAAUCAUGUUGCUCGGAAACAUGGACUGCAGAAAGAUUCUACUAUCGAACAUAAAGAUGCCACCGAGUAGUGUGACAUGUGUGCUUACUGCCGAUACAAGUUUCCCACUAAACGUCUAGUUAUAGAUAACAUCGAGACUUAUUCAGAUGCAGAAUAAAGGUAAUUAGCUUCGCCAAA